AGGAUAGAAAGAGAAAAAGAAAAGAAAGGGGAAAGAAAAGAAAAUAGAAAGGAAAUAAUAAAAGGAGACGCGUUAUUAUCGUAAACAAGGAUGAAACUCAUCGUCGUUUUGUUCGUUUGUCUCUUCGAGACAACUCUCGUUCAUUGCGGGAAACGACCGAGUUUCGUUUCCGACGAAAUGAUCGCUACUGCGGUUAGCGUUGUGAAUGCUUGUCAAACACAGACAGGAGUGGCUACAGCCGACAUCGAAGCGGUGAGAAAUGAUAAGUGGCCGGAGACGCCUGAAUUAAAGUGUUACAUGUAUUGCCUUUGGGAACAAUUUGGUCUAAUCGAUGAUAAAGGGGAAUUAAAUUUGAAUGGUAUGCUAACUUUUUUCCAAAGAAUCCCAGCUUAUAGAGCAGAAGUUUUAAAAGGCAUUAGCGAUUGCAAGCUGAUUGGUAAAUACCUGGCUCAGGGUGAUAAGUGUCAAUAUGCGUACGAAUUCAAUAUGUGUUACGCUAAAAUAUCACCAAGAACCUAUUAUCUAUUCUAAUGAAUUUUCAUCAAUUGAAGUGCAUGAUGACCAAAGAUAUAUACACACAUACAUACAUAUAUAUAUAUAUAUAUAUAUAUAUAUAUAUAUAUAAAAUGAAAA